UCUAUCUUGAAAAGAUCAACAAUCUAACCUCAUAAUCUCUGUGACUUUCAACAUUUUCCCCACUGAUUAGUAAAUUAAUUUUUAAUUUACUUUCUCUGAAAUGACAAUAGAAUCAAGUAUCAAUUACAAUAAUCUAUUGUCGUCAACAAUUUCCAUCGAUUUUAUUUAUGUUCAUGGUUUCAGGGUUACAUGGGAAUCUCAUGUUAUCACCUGUAAUAAUCUCAAGAAACACGUAAAUUCACCAGUUAGAGGCUGAAAAGUUAAUUUAAACCAACAAAUCAACAUUAAUCUCUCUCUCAUGUUGGCUUUUUGUUCACUAGGAACAAAGGAACAAUCAAUUUAUUAAUCAUUUGUUUCGUGUUUUCAUCUUGUAUCUUCACUAAUACUCAAUCAAAUUUCAUAUCAACAAAUUCAUUUCUUUUUCCUAUCAGUUUAUUAUCUUUAUAAUUACUGGUCAUCUUGAAAUUAACUGGACACUUUCAACGGUUUAAUUGCUCCUGUGUGUGGAUUUACCUUUGAUAUUAUAUUGUUUGUUUAUCUCUCUAUCAUCCAAAUCAUUGAUGUUGAUCUUAACCAGACUUGAGGGUGGACCCAAAAGAGUUAAUCAUGCUGCUGUUGCGGUUGAUGGGAUCAUUUACAGUUUCGGUGGUUACAUGGGCUUUGAAGAUUAUUCCAUUGAAAGGCCCAUAGAUGUUUUCACCCUGAAUACGGUUACAUUAAGAUGGAAAGAACUUCAAUAUUCUGAUACAGGACGUUCUUCCAAUGUUCCUUUCAAAAGAUAUGGACACACCGCUGUAGCUCAAGAUAAUAUUGUCUAUCUAUGGGGAGGCCGAAGGGAAGAAGAAGCUUGUAAUCGAGUUUUUCUAUUCGAUACUCUGACCCGUAAAUGGUCUGCUCCUUCCGUUUCUGGUUCUACUCCUGGAGCACGAGAUGGACACGCUGCUUGUAUAUCGCAAGGUUACAUGUACAUUUUUGGUGGUUUCGAGGAAGAGAAACAAGAUUUUUCCGAUAUGGUUUAUGCCCUGGAACUGAAAACUCUCACUUGGACCUGUUUAUGGCGAUUAACAUCUGAUAUACUUAAAAGAGACUUUCUAACAGCGAUUACAAUCUGUGAUAAAAUUUACUUAUUCGGUGGGCGAUCUUACUCAUCUCCGUUUUAUGAUAAUAAUGUAUUGGAAUUAGAUCUCAAGGAAAUGGUUUGUUCACUUCGAGUAAUCAAUGGAUUUAAGCCUCACGGACGAAGAAGCCAUUCAGCGGUUGUUGUUAAUAAUAAGAUGAUUAUCUUUGGUGGUUAUAAUGAUAUUUCCAAUGAACAUUUCAACGAUUUUAUCAUGUUCGAUCCAGCAACUUACAAAUGGGUUAAACUAAAUGUACAUGGUGGCUCUUUACCUUGUCCACGUCGUAGACACUGUUGUGUUUCCGUUGGUCAAUUUCUUUACAUAUUUGGAGGAAGUUGUCCAUUACCUCAAGCUUCAAAUUCUGAAGUACAUCAUCUGAUGGAGCUUUGUGAUCUAUUUGUGAUUGAUACAGCGAUGAGUCUCCGUUCCUUGGCCUUGCAAGCCGUCAUAUUUCAUGAUUUAGAGACGAAAAAUUUGACCGCUGCCCUGGAAAAAGAAGUUGAAAGUUACAAGACUGGAAAUGAUAUUUGUAAACAAUUCGAGAAAUUGAACUUGGACGGUGAAUUUUGGGACUAAUGCCUCACUUUGAGAAAUUUUUUCUUUUUCUAUUCUCUCACUUUCCUGCAUCAAUUUCACCUUGACUUCGAAAUCAUAAAUCUACUCCAUUGUAUUAUUAUCCAUCGUCAUUAUCAUCAUGUAAAACUUGAACUCGAAACUGAGACAUACAAACACACUAACAAGGAUCACUUGUCAACCAUCAAAUUAUCAAUCUCCAUCCACUCAUAAGUGUCAAUUGUAAAUUAAUUAACAAUGGAAUUGAACAUGUGGACGAAUCAUCAUUAGAAAUUUAAUCGACAAUUAGGCUUAUUGGAAAACAUGAGAUUCUGACGAAUAAUCAUCAUCAUAAUCUUGAUAAUUUUUCUCCUUUAACUAACUAAUUUUAUCACCUUGUUUUCUCGUGUUCUCUUUCAGCCUAUUCUCUUCUUUCUCUCAUCUUCAUUUUCAUCAUCUUCAUUCCAAUAAGUCAAAGAAACUUUGACAACCUUUAAUCAGGCAAAUUAAUUUUCUCCUCUAAAAGUAACAAUUAAUCGACUGAUCAUGUAAAAUUGACGAUAAUAAACCUUUAUUUUACCUCAAAUAAAGUGCAAUAAGAUGAUAUAAA